CGUUGUUGUUUCAGUAACUGACACUAACUGUCAUGGCUUCGCUCUUCCGUUCUCAGCCGGUCCGCGCCUACCCAGUUUUCGGUUCAGACGCAGUCCGGUCCGGUCCUCCAGGACCUCCACCGCAUUGCCCGUCUAUGAUAACGUUCGAUUAUCUCCUCUCUCUUUUUUUCUUAAAUUGUAGUGUCACUUUUUCUUUCUUUGUUAAUAUUUAUACAAUUUUUAGCUAAAUGAUUUAUUGAGCUUGGGUCAGCAUCGAAUAUGGAAAAGAAUGGCAGUUUCGUGGAGCGGAGCAAAAAUGGGAGAGAGUGUGUUGGAUUUUUGCAGUGGAAGUGGGGAUUUAGCGUUUCUCUUAUCUGAGAAAGUUGGCUCCAAUGGCAAGGUGAUUGGUCUCGAUUUCUUGAAAGAGCAGUUGUCAGUUGCUUCCUCGCGGCAAAAGUUGAAGUCGAAAGCCUGCUACUUGAACAUUGAGUGGGUUGAAGGUGAUGCAACUGAUUUGCCGUUUUCUGACCGUCACUUUGAUGCCAUCACUAUCGGUUAUGGGCUAAGAAAUGUAGUAGACAAAUAUAAGGCCAUGGAGGAAAUGUUUAGAGUUUUGAAAGCAGGCUCGAGGGUAUCAAUCCGUGAUUUCAAUAAAAGCACCAAUCCAGUUGUGUCUGCAGUUCAGGAAUUGAUGAUUGACAAUCUUGUUGUCCCGGUGGCUUCUGGUUUUGGACUUGAGGACGAUUACAAGUAUUUAAAGAGUUCAGUCAGGGCAUUCCUGACAGUUACUCAAACUUGACGUAUUCUCUGACUGAGCAGAGCAGGGGCAAGUAGCAGCCUGAGAUUCCUCAGCUCCUUCAUAGGAGAACUUAGUUGCAAGCCCUGGAAUUUGUGAAACCCUUCGUUUUCACUUUUCACCAU